UACCCACAUAAAAAAAAUUAAAACCACUCUACUUUAAGCAGAAACAGAUCGAUCCGAUUGAAGCAGAGAGCAGGGAAGGAUUUUUUCAUUUUUCAUUUUUUUCUUUCUCUCUUUUUAUUGUCCUUGUUCUUUGCACCUUUUUUGUUUUUCGUUUUUGGUUCUUUUUUUCUUCCAAUGGCUGGCUCAAGUGGUGAAGCAGUGAAGAAAAUUGUAAUAAUCAAUACCCGGUACGUCAAGACCGAUCCCAUGAGCUUCAAAUCCGUAGUUCAAAGCUUCACUGGCAAGGACUCAUGCGUUGCAUGGGUGGACGACGGCACUAUCAUGGGUGAAAGGAGGAGGGAAGCCCCAACGGCGGUUCAUGGAAGAGCCGAGAGACCGCUGUGUGCCGGUGUGGGCGGCAGCGGCAGUGUCGGAGACGGAGCUCUUGGGGCAGCAAGUCAUCAUCAUCACCAUUAUUUAUCGUUUGAGGUGCUGGACUGGUUGCUGCCGGAGAUGCCUACAAUAAUGGAGGAACUGCAGUGGCAGUUGGCGGAGUAGCUUAAUUGUUAACUCGUGUAUUUCACUUUCACUUUUACUUUGUUUCUGAAAGGUAUUUC